GAUCUAUUAAAAAAAAUUAGUAUAUCUGUAAAAAAAUUUCAUUAAUAAAUCACAAUGACAAACAUAAUUAGAUUUUUUUUAUCACAUUUACUUUGAAUUAUGAAUCUGUUAUAUUUUUUGUUACCAUUAUCGUUUAAGGUCAAAUGGUAAUUAGUUACAAUAAAUGUGACAAGUUCAUAAUUUUCAUACUAUAACACUAAUAAUAACCAUAGCCGUAAUAGUAAUGAUAACAAUAUCGACGAAAUUUCCAAAUGUAAUUGAAUUGAGUACCAUCCGCUCAUCAAUUAGUUUGCGAAAUUUCCAAAUGAUAACAGAUUUAUUGUUUUUAUCACAAUAAAUCUAUUAAUUUUUUUUUCUAAAUUUUUAACAUUCAAUUGACAUGCAACUUAACACCUUCACAUAUAUUUUAUAAUUUUUAUAUCAUGUAACCAUUAUAUUUGAUUAAACAAGAUACACUAGUUUCAUACAAACAACAAGAUUACAAUAUUCUUUCACAUACGUGAAAUGUAUGAAUGUAAAAUGCACCACAAAAAAAAUAAAAAUAAAAAUAAAAAUAAAAUAAUAGACCAUCAAAGGGUUUAAGGCUUUUUAUGGCAUCUUAUGUCAAAUAGUAGGUUAUGAUUUAUUAUGCAUGUAUAUUGAUGUCAAGGAUGCAAUCAAAAUCUCAUGUUAGUUAGAUAAGGUGAUGAUUGCGAGUAUAUAGGGGAGAACAACUAUCAUCAACGGUGUGAGGCCAUUUAGAUGAAACAAAAAGUAAAGCCUAAGAGUAUAAACUACUAUAUAAGAUAUCUAUUAAAUACUAUGAACUAAUAAUUUUAAUUUUAUCUAAAAACACUUUCACCAAGUUUUUUUUUUUUUUUUGCUUUUUUUAGUCUAUAGUCAACUAAGUUGGUUAUUGGAGAUAAUCGAUGGAAUUUGUGGUUAAAGUCGGUCAAUGGAUGUGAUAGUUGAAGUUGGUUGCCAAAGGUGCGUCAAGUUGGACAUUAGAGAUGGUCACUAGAGAUGAUUGUCAGAGGUGGUCAUUGUUAGGGUUAGUUGUCAAAGGUGGUGGUCGUCGGAGGUAGUUGUCGAAGCUUGGUCGCCAAAGAUAGUCGUUGAAGAUGUUGCCAAUGGUGGUUGUUGUCAGAGUUAGGAAAUGAAAGGUACUCGCCGAAGAUGAUUGUUGGAGCAUGUCACCAGCGAUUAUUGUCGUCGAAGUCGGUCGUUAGCAGCGACCGACGGGUGGAAUCGUUGAAAACAUUGGAGAGAUGGAGAGAAAGAGGGAAAUAUGAAGUUUGUCAAUAAAUGUUCAAAGUUCAAUGGUAAACACUCUUGAAGUUAGGGGAGUUGAGUUAUUUAACACCAACUUAUAAAAUUGAUAAGUCAAACAUUGAGUUGAAUUAUCUAUGGUCUUACUUAUAUAGGUUUCUUCUUUUUUUUUUUUUUUUUUUUUUUUUUUUUUUUUUUUUUUUUUGAAUUUUUCUUUAUAAUUGAGCUGAACGAUGGUGGACUUUAGCUUCCUCGUCUCGAUAGUAACGUAAGGAUCGUUAAUUCCUAAUUUGAGGAAAUUAUGAAUAUCAUAAAACCAAAUUCUGUCAACCUCCAGCACAAGGAGAGAGUUUCUAAUGUCAAACUUACAACUAGAAUUUUAAUCAAUCACUUCAGAGAACUAGAUAACCAUGUAAAGGAAACAAUAAAGAACAAGUGAUUAAAAUAUGCUCGUGUUGGCAUAUGAUUACUACUAUACAAUAUCAUAUUAUUUAAUAACAUAUUAAUUUAUAUAUUUUUUAAUUUAACACAAAUGAAAUAGAUUUAUGAUAUGAAAUACUAUAUUCAUAAAUUCUUAUCCUCUUUCUUAAAUAUAACUCCACCUUUCAAGAUUUCAAAUUCAAAAUAACGUAAAUACAAAACAAAAAUGUUGUUUUCAAAAUUUCUACUAUUUAAAUCACUUAAAAACCAAAAACAAAAAUAGUUUAAAAAAACAAGUUUGUCAAAUGAAUCUAAAAAAACUUAAAACAAAAUUCAUAUAGCAAUUCAAAUAGCCCUAAAAGGCUAAAAUUCUACGAAUUUUCUCGACAUCCAAAUAAUAUAAAGAUUAGUGAAAAUGUGUGCUAAGUUAGGAGAGAGUGUAUACGUAGGUGCUUCCCAGAAACAGAGGAAUUGGCUUAGAAUUUGAAUGUUAAGGUUUAGCAGACAGUUUGUUGGGCCACACACUACACAUGAUUUAACUACCUCCCUACACUUUAAACCCUCUUCUUAGAUCUUUCAUUCCACUCUUCUUCAGUUCUUCUCCUCUUAUAAUCUUCAUUCAAUCAUUCAAUUCCCAAACUCAAAACUUCAAAAUCCCUCCUCACUUUCUCUCUCUCUCUAAUUAAUUCCUCAAUUUAAUCCCCAUCAUUACUUUUCAAGGUACAUUACCUAAUUACUUGUGUUACACUCACUUUUGAUCAUUGUUUGGCUAUUUUCAACUCAUCUAAACUUUAUAAGCCUCCAUUUGCCAACCUCUUCCACCUUCUCGCUGCCUUUGCCUAAUUGCAUUUACUUCAACUUUAAUUCAAUUUUUAGGCAUUCCCCCAUUACUAGCCUCUCUUCACUCAAUACUCAAUCAUAAUUCAUAUAAAAACAUCUCAUCAUUCCCAUCUUAAAGAUCCCCCAUAUGAUAUGUUCAAAUCUCAAACAUCCCAUCAUAACCCAGAAUUUAUUUUGAUUGCUUCAUGAACCCAAUGAAUCCACAAAUGAAGACACAAUCCCUAAACUCUAUGAUCUAUCUGUCUAUAUGUAUAUGCAUAAAUGAAUUAUAAGUAACCAUUGCAAGCAAGCAAUGAGAAUUUGUAGUUGAAGCUGAAUAAUUUUAGUUGCUAAACAGGAAGCAGAAACGCAGAAAAAUGAGGGGAAAGCCAAUGAAUGGUAAACUCACCUUGGUCCUCUGCUUUGCAAGCUUUCUUGCAGGAUCGCUCUUCACUGGCCGCACCAGAAUUCAAACCAAAGAUCCUCAGUUUCUUAACCAUCUUGAAAAUCUUGAGGCAGCCACUACAGAUUGCGACCAUAAACGAAAACUAGUGGAAUCGAAUGAUCAGGAUAUUAUGGUGGAAGUUACAAAAACGCAUCAAGCUCUUCAAUCUCUGGAGAAAACGUUCGGAAAUUGGGAGAUGGAAAUGGCACUAUCACGAACGAACGGGAGGAAUCCGAGGCCGCUGCCUCCGGAGAAAGCGUUUGUGGUGAUCGGAAUCAAUACGGCUUUCAGCAGCAAGAAACGCCGGGACUCGAUUCGAGAAACAUGGAUGCCUCGAGGAGAAUCGUUGAAGAAACUAGAGAAAGAGAAAGGGAUUGUGGUCCGAUUCGUCAUAGGAAAGAGCGGAAGACCUGGUGGAGCAUUGGAUAGAGCCAUAGAUGAGGAGGAGGAAGAGCAUGGUGACUUUCUGCGACUGAGGCAUGUGGAAGAUUACCAUCAAUUGUCGACGAAGACGCGGCUGUAUUUCACCACGGCGGCGGCUCUGUGGGCGGCGGAGUUUUACGUGAAGGUUGACGACGAUGUUCAUGUCAAUUUGGGUGCGUUGGUGACAGUGCUAGAACGGCAUAGGUCCAAGCCCAGGAUUUACAUGGGCUGCAUGAAGUCAGGCCCAGUUCUCUCUCAAAAGGGAUUGAAGUAUCAUGAGCCAGAGCAUUGGAAAUUUGGAGAAAAAGGGAAUGAGUAUUUCAGGCAUGCCACUGGCCAAAUCUAUGCCAUUUCUAAAGACCUUGCUGCCUACAUUUCCCUUAAUUUUCCAAUAUUACAUAGAUAUGCAAAUGAAGACGUGUCGUUGGGAGCUUGGUUAAUUGGCUUAGAGGUCGAACAUGUUGACGAUCGUUCUAUGUGUUGUGGCACACCUCCAGAUUGCGAGCCAAAAUCGAAUGGAGGGAAUGUAUGCGUGGCGACUUUUGAUUGGUCAUGCAGUGGGAUUUGUGAAUCCGUGGACAGGAUGAAGGAAGUUCAUAAGCUAUGUGGAGAAGGCAAUGGAGCUAUUUGGAACGUCGCCGUUUAGUGCAACUGUGCCUCUCCUUUACAGGAAAGGGAUUGUUGAGGGAAAAUAACUACAAAGAACAUCCAAUUGAUAAAUGCAAAAGUUACCCUUCUUUUGCUUUCCAUCA